UUUACCGGCUGCUUUAAUUUAGCAAAUUUCCCCCUGUUGAUAUAUUUAUAUAUUUAGUCUCAACCCAGCAUUUUACUUUUAUCAAAGAACAGUAGCUACAUUCCUGACUGGUAUUUUUUUUCUUUCCCAGAGCCAUGUAAAUGUCGGUGUUCAGGGUCAUUGAAUUAAAGAGGCAAAUUAAAUGGAGGGGAAUAAAGAUGAACGCCACUAGUUGAAUGGGCCUAAUGACCAUCAGAGCCGAGCAGCGCGGAGUUGAGAGUCUCAUCAGCACCAGUCUGAGCGACCAAUCACAGCGCUCCCCCACCGGCGGACCUCCGUGAAGCCAGUCGCAGUUAGGUGGUGUAACCUAUCUCGCUUGGAAAUUAUGAAGCGAACCAGCUCCAGUCGAUUGUAGAUGGAGAAAAGUUAAAUUGGGGGAUUUUCUUUUUCCAGAUGACGCGUUUGUCAUUUUGAGCUCCUGAAUUUACUGCGUGCUCUCCAGAAUAGUUGCACUAUAACUUGUGCUCUUCGAGAAACGGGAUUUUUUUUUCUAUAGUGAUAGUUGAAUUGCUUUGUCACAUGUAUCAGAAAAUUUAAGAACAUCUCGCGCCACUGACUCUCUCUUUCUCUCUUUCUAUCUUGCUUGAGUUUUUCCUCCCCUCUUUUUGCCGUGAUGAUGGAUUAUCAAUAGCCUGAUGGGGACACGAAAACAACGACUGAGAUCUGCAGCACUUGUGGAAGAAACGUUUAAUACAGGUGACGGAUCCAGCAACAGUUCAAGCUGUCCUGAUCAUCCUCUGCCACAAUAACAGGCUGCCAUCUGAGAAACGCUACAGAGAUACAGUGCGCAGGCUCCCCCAGCGCUGUUCUCCAGCAUCAAACCCCACAGCAGCGCACAGCGGACACAUUCCAGGUCGGUCGACGUGUAAACUUGAAGAAAAUUCUGGAAAUCAAGCAGAAGAUUUAGAGAAAAGAGGGACUCUUUUGAAACGUUAGUCGGUCGGAGAACUGCUGCCUUUGUGUCUCUUGUUCUUCUUCCUCUGAACUCUCCUCAGAAGGUCAGAGGAGCAUGUAACCGAAACAAGCGGAGCCCUCGGUGAUCUCAGCAUUCUGUCUCCCCCAUCUGUGCCUACAUUCUCCGCUACAGAUAGGGACAUUUUGAUAAUUACAUGUAAUUAUAAUUUCUGUGGGAGACAGAUCUGCCUCUGUCUAUUAUUGCCAACACCUCCAACACAAUAACUUCACACAUUUACAUAUUUCUCAACAAAAGUGAUAUUCUUUGAACCUCGGAGACAAAUCAGGAAUAAUUUUACUUGGAGAGACAUGUCACAUGGAGACGCAAUGUGCCAUUCAGUUCACAUCUAAUUAGUGAUACUGUUCAAUGACGGGUAACUUUUUGUGCCUAAAAGCUGAAUAGAGAGCAUUUAAAAUCCAUGACGUUUGCCUCAUUUUGCAGUGCAUUUCACAGGCUGGGAGUCAGUUCCUUGGUUUAUGCUUACUCUUAUUUUUCAGCUGUUACAGUCUUCUAGCACUUAAGCUGAGCCUCCCCCAUUAUCAACCCCAGCCCAAUCACAGUUACAGUCCGUGCCAGACAACUACGGAUGCACAUAAAUCCAACGCUAGAAAAGAUUGAGAUAAAGUACACGGCGUAUCUAUAGAUGUGACGAGUGCCUAUAGAACAAGUUCACAUGUAGAUAUGUCCCUGCUCUAGAGAAAGCAGGCAUGACUAAUGAACAGUUUUGUCUGUUAAUCCCAUUUGAUUGUCUACAAUGCCGAUGAACACAAAAUAUAUGAAAAGUAUUCUAGAUUUCAUACAUAUUUUCAGAAAAGAAUUGCUUACAGCUUAUAUAAGUGACAUUUCUGAAUGUAUGUAGUGCCAGACUAAGAUUCAGGAAUGAACAAAACAGAUAAAACUGUUUACAUUUGAUAAAACACAGGCCAUAGACUAUUGUUCAAGUGCCAUGAUCAGCACAGGAAUGUAUAGGACUGCCAUAUUUUAUUGAAAAUCCUUGCUUCUAAUUUUUACUGGCCUUUGUGGUUUCAAAAAUGUAUUCCAUCCAGGGGUGCGUCAGCUAUUUGUCCUUUUGUUCUGUGUGAGGUGAAGCGUAGAACAAGGCAUUAAGCACUAAAAGCAUGAAGAUUGUUUUUUUCAAUCUGUCCUUUUUUCAAAGCUGCAUCAAUUUUAGUGUUCUUGGGAGGGCAACAGAUGAAGUCAUUACACAUUCAGAGUUCCUUUCUAUCAGUAAAUUAAAACCAUUUUAAUACCAUUAAUGACAACUAUUGAAACCUACCAACUGUUUUUGAUAGUGUUAGACCUUUUGAUUUGGAAUGUUCCUGACCUUUUCUAAUAUUACACCAUAGAAAUACUCAGUUUCUGACAAAAACAAAAACAAAACAGGCUUCAAAUUUCAUCAUCCAACAUUGCUGAAUGAAACUACGAUACAUCAUCAAUAUCCAGUAGGUUGUUCAUGCUACUUGAUUAUUUCACAUGCCAUUUUAGUGGGUUAAACUGCAAAAGCGGAUACAGCGGUGUAACUGCAUUGACUCAACAACAGAAAAUAGAUCUCUUAGUCAUGUAAAAAUGACGCCCACCACCAAUCUCCUAGUCCUCGCUGUCUCCCUGCUCUCCCUCCUUACUGCCCAAGUCACCACUGUUGCGGAGACCUCUCCGUCCCCCCCAUCUCAGCAAAUAGACCGCUCACAGAGGCCUUUCACCGCGGAGCCCAAGGCUAGCCCCAGCCCCCCAUUCCUUCUCCUCGCCAUGCAGGUCAAAAUCAGACCGGCAGCUCGCCAAGGCAGGACCAAAACCCCCGAGAAACUUCCGGAAACCUCCGAUGGAGUUCUUGAGACGCCUCCAAGACCCCUUGCCCAGGUCAUGUUCCCCAAGAAUGUGACUUCAUCAGAGGCCCUCGCACCUCCCUUAGGCGCCGCCCAGGUAGAGCCCAUUAAACCCCGCCUGAUCGACAUAUGGAUGGAUGGAUGUCGGGGUUAUUAUGACGUCAUGGGACAGUUUGACAGCGCUUUCAACUGCUCCAAGGACAGCUUCGUGUUUUGCUGUGGAACCUGCCACUACCGCUUCUGCUGCCCAGAUCGCACCCGGCAACUGGAGCAGCACAUCUGUACAAACUAUGACUCUCCGGACUGGGCCAAGCCACAGACAGACGCCAUGAUGUUAUCAGAUGAUUUUGGUCCUGACCCGGACUUUGAUCCGCUGAAGCAGCAGAGCCACAACACGGGCUUCGUCAUCGGAGGCGUGAUCGUUUUCAUGGUGGCUGUUGCCGUGGGCAUCAAGGUGGUCUUCAACAAGGUGCAACAGGAAGCCAACCAAAGGGACCUAAAUAUGCCCAGAGCCCUGGUCGAUAUGUUGCGGCACCAGUCGAGCCCAGUCCAGCAGGAUGAGAGAAACAACAGCGUGGCUUUGGCUGUAGCGGACACACAGGGGACACUGGGGAGACCUCCGAAAAAUCUUUAUGCCCCAGGACAGCCCAACAAGGACAACAGAUUGGGCAAUUUGCAACACAAUUUCAUCCACUCAUCAGGCACCAGCCCCAAACACACCGCAACUAUCGAACGCACCCCUCGAAUGAACAACGCUCAGCUGCCAGCUGGAGGCACCCUGCUUUCCAAUAAACACAACAACACCAAAUCCCAGCCGGCCUUCCACCACUCCCUGCACAACCUGGCUCAGCUGCCGCCCUCCUAUGAGAGUGCCACCAAGCCUGAGCUCAACAGAUAUUCCUCGCUCAAACGCCUCGAGAAAGGUCUUGAUGAGUACUCGUCUGGUUACUGCACCACCAAGAGACGGCCUCACACAGCCCAGCCGGCUCUCCAGUCUUCUCAGCACCACCUCCACUGGGGUGGAGACUACACCCUCAGUGGUAGAGGAACCCUCCCCAGGCAUGCAGUCCGUCCCUGGAUCCCGCCGCCACCUUCUGGCAUGCCUGCGUCACCAACCCCCAACCCUUACCCUCUGGAUCCCCCGGAGCCCCAGUACAACCCUAAUUAUGACACUCUCUCCAAGACCGCGAGGAAAGCUAAAGCCUCUGACCAGCUGCUCAACAUGGGUGACGUCCCUGGCAACACAGGAACACUGUCCAGGUUGUCCAAGAACCAGCAACACCAGUACUACAAAGCCAUGGUUGCCUCCAAUAAGAACUUCAACACGCAGACCCUCACCAGGAAGACCCAGGAAAGGCAGGACAGGCAGGACAGGCAGGAUAGGCAGGAUAGGCAGGACAGGCAGGACAGGCAGGAUAGGCAGGACAGGCAGGACAGACAGGACAGGCAGGACAGACAGGAACGGUUGCUCAUGUCCCCGGACCAUUUGGAGGAAAGGAUGGGGGUCGGCGGGAUGGGGGCCGGCGGGAUGGGGGUUGCAGAUCCAUACGCCCACACAGGAGGGAUUGUCCCCACGCUGCCUCGCCAGCAGAAGGCCCAGUCACAGCAGAACGUCUGCGCCACGCCCUCCCUCGACCGACACCACAUGAUCAAGAUGAACUCUCACCCCACGUCUGGACGAGAGCAGGAGAGGAGCACGGCCAUGACGGGGCACAUGAGCGGGGGCAUGGGCUGGGCGGGGGAGCCGCCCGCGCAGGGGGUAGUCAUGGGAACGGGAACACUAGGGGGCCACAGCGCCAGAAGGAUGGCUUUUGCAGCGAAACGGCAGAACACCAUUGAGCAGCUACAUUUCAUACCGGGAGGGGGCGGUGGGGGGUCGGCAGGAAGCGGAGGAGGGAGUCAGGGCAUUAGGACGGGGAGUAAAAAUGAGGUGACGGUGUGAGGUUUGUGCCUAAUGUAGAGUUUACCCCUCAUCAAAGAUAUGGGACUAGAUCACCCUUCUGCAUUUAACUAUUAGAUAUUCAACUACAAGAAAUAAAACUAGAAGUAUAAAGUAUAGUAACAGUAUAACGUGUUUAGGCUAUUGAAAUUAGUGUUACCUUGUAAUUAAAUAGCUUAAAUAUGAUUAGUUAAUUAAAAAUCUAGAUGGGGAAUAUCUGUUCCAAUUAUGUAAUAGCCUACAUCAGCCAUAUUUUGUAACAAAAUUUGCCAUAUUGCCAUAUACAGCGGUGCCAUUACUGUAGAUAGACUGACUGGAAGGGUGAAACAAAACCAACAGAAGUGUCGUUUAUAAUUUAGUUUUUAUAUUUUGCAAAAAGUACUCAGGAGCCAUAUUAGAUAGGGAACAAGACGAUAUAUAUACAUA